AUGGCAACGAUUACAGAUAAUGAUAAAUUUGUUCUAAAUGCUAUCUUUAAUCCAAAUUACCCAUUAGAUUUCGACCAAGAACCAUCAACUGACUCAGAAAAUGAAAAACAGUCAUUAGAAAUCAAAAAAUUGGAAGAAGAAGGAGUACGAUUAGCUGAACAAAAUCGUUUAAUUGAAGCUGUUGAAUAUUUUAGUCGAGCUAUUGCACUGAACCCUCAAAACGCAUCGGCUUACAAUAAUCGAGCUCAAGCUUACCAAUUAUUAAGCAAGACUGAAGAAGCUAUGGUUGAUCUGAGCAAAGCAAUUGAUUUAUCUUCAAAUGUAAAAAGUAAUCAAAAAACUUUAUCUUUGGCAUUAACACAACGUGGAAUUCUCUAUCGAUUUUUGGGUGAUGAAAAAGCAUCAUUGGAUGAUUUUACACGCGCUGCAGAACUUGGUUCAGCAUUUGCCAAACAACAAAUACUUUUGUUAAAUCCUUAUGCAGCUGCUUGCAAUCAAAUGCUUUCGAAAAUGAUGAAAAAUAUGUCAUGCACAUCAUAA